CCCACUCUGAAGAGGUUGAUAACUUUACUGUCUAAUUUUUUAUUUUUCCUUCCAGAAUGGGUUCUGGGUGGAUUCCAUGGAUGGUGGCCCUCCUAGUGAGUGUAAUCCGACUGGAUUCCUCCAUGACUCAAGUCAGAGACUCUCCAGACAGGAGUUUGCUCUGAUGGUUGCAACUGUUUUUAUAUUUAACCAACUGGGAUACAUGUGGAGGAAAGAAAUUGGAAACAAAGGUUUCUUGUAUUGGCAUUUAUUAACCCCAGUUUUGAGAAUGAAGAGAAGUUGAAUGCAGCAUGCCUGUGCUCUGGUUCCUGGAAGAUUUCGUGAUUCAGGCAAAGGCUGACUGUUACUUCAUCAACGGGACAGAGAAAGUGCAGUUUGUGGUGAGAUUCAUUUUUAACUUGGAGGAGUAUGCACGUUUCGACAGCUGUGUGGGAAUGUUUGUGGCGUUGACAGAGCUGGGGAAGCCUGAUGCUGAGCUGUGGAACAGUCGGCCGGAUAUAUUGGAGAGGAGUAGAGCUUCUGUGGAUGCCCUCUGCAGGCGUAACUACAAGCUGGGCGCACCCUUCACUGUGGGGAGGAAAGUACAACCAGAGGUGACAGUGUAUCCAGAGAGGACCCCGUCCCUGCAGCACCGCAAUCUGCUGCUCUGCUCUGUGACAGGUUUCUAUCCAGGCGACAUCAAGAUCAGGUGGUUCCGGAAUGGGCAGGAGGAGAGGGUCGGGGUCAUGUCCACUGGCCUCAUCAGGAAUGGAGACUGGACCUUCCAGACAAUGGUGAUGCUGGAAAUGACUCCUGAACUCGGAGAUGUCUACACUUGCCUUGUUAAUCAUCCCAGCCUGCUGAGCCCUAUUUCUGUGGAGUGGAGAGCGCAGUCUGCAUAUUCUUGGAGAAAGAUGCUAAGUGGAAGUGCAGCCUUCCUGCUUGGGCUGAUCUUCUUUCUGGUGGGGACUGUCAUCUGCCUCAGGGCUCAGAAAGGAUACGUGCCGACUCAGUUGUCUGGUGAUGAGGUCUCAAGUGCAGUUCCUUCACCACAACCAUGCUAAGGUCCCAACCAAAGCUUCUUGCCGUGGAGCCUGAAGUAGGACUGAGGGGAUUGAGCCCAGGACUAAAUGAGCCCUGUGACUUACCCUCACGUCUUCCUCUUUCCAACUGCACUCUCCACUGUCUCCAGAAGACAAACACUCAGAGGCACUGUUUUUUUUUCACUGUUUUUUAUGACCUAUUUUCUGUAAAAUAAAACUGAGAUACCAAUAACCACACAAAAUGUAGAAUUUAAUGAAUUACCUAAGGCAAAACCCCUGUAAUCACUACUCAGGUCAAAAAAUAGAACUUUACCAGCCAUGCAGGAAUCUCCAUGUACCUCAGACCCAUCAACCCGCUCUGUCCUCUCAAAGGUAAUCCUAUUCUGACUGUAGAGUAACCACUUUGUUGUAUUUUUUUUUUAUUUCCUAUUCACUCAAGUCUGAAUUCAUGACAACAUAGCUUAGUUGACUUUUAUGUCUCAUACUUUACUGGUUUCUUCUGCAUCCCUUUCCCUCCCUUAUGAUUAAUAUUUUGAAAAGCUUGAGGUAUUUGACCUGCAGAGUUUCUCACGGUCUGGAUUUUACCAAUUGCAUGCACCUGGUGCCGUUUAGCAUGUCCUUCUGUCCUCUGCAUUUUCUGCAAAUUGGCAUCUGGAUGCAGAGGCUGGAUAGACUUAGGUUUAAUUUCUUUGGCAAGUCUGUGGGUGGCAAUGUGUUUUUUCACCAUAAGGCACAGACUGUCCAGUUGUGUCUCUUUUUAUGGUGCUGUCGCUGUUGGGGCUCAUUGCAUAGGCCCUUUCAUUCACUGGGGGCUGCAGAAUUGGGAUAGCCUCAUUCUGUCAUUCCUUCUUUAUUCAUAUGCUUUAUUGCUUCCAUAAAGAAACACUUCCCUUCCUUUACUGGUGGGUUGCCCAGUGGUACAGUGGAAUGAAAGGAGCAGUGUUUAACUCUUUCCCUUUAUUAGUUUUCCAGCUAAUGAAUUUGGUUCCUACUGUUAUCCAAAGGCGAGCAGUUAGGUUUACUUUUUCUUUUUCUUUUUUUUUUUUGUAUCAUUAUAAGCUCAAGGAUUUGAAUGUAUUUGAUGGAUUUUAGCUCAUGGCAGUUUUUAGCCAUGAGUUGAAUCGUAUCCCUUGAGGAGCAUGGAAACUUCUUCAAGUGGCUCCCGAGUCCUUUUGACACAAGCCUUUUGAUAGUUUCUUUGUUAUCUGUUAUAUGACAAGAUGUUCCAGGUUUAUUCUGCACAUCUCCUACCCAGACCUGCAAUCAGCCUUUGUUUUAGAAAGCCCUGGCUUAUUUUAGUGGGAAAUGUCACUAAGACCAUAAUGUGGAGUUAGGAGUUUGUCAUUAUAUCAGGUCUUCCUGGUGAAAACAUAAAUGUUUAUGUACAAUGUUAAUAUUUACAGAAGUAAAAAUUUAUAUAUCUAUAAAUAAAAAAUUAAUCCCUUCUAUAUUA